AUGGAGGAUGAAAAAUGGAACUGGGAAGAAGCAGAACCAGUGCUAUUUCUAGAUCAAAGUAAAAUACCCCAGCUGAAAGAAGAUGAAUUGGAGGAUGAUGUUCCGGUGAGAGAUGACCUGUUGGUUACAGGAAGCAAUCAUGAGCUUGUUCAGAAAUUUAAAGAAGAUAUGCAGCAUACAUUCGAGAUGACGGACUUGGGAGAGAUGGUUUAUUUUCUAGGAAUGAAAAUCAAGCAAGAGCAAAAUGAGUUGAACAAAAAUGAUGAAGCUGAAAAAGUGGAUGAGACUCUUUAUAGAAGUAUGGUUGGAUUUCUCAUGUAUCUUACAGCAACUAGACCCGACAUUUUAUAUGUUGUAAGUCUUCUAUCUAGAUUCACUAAUUGUGCAACUAACACUCAUUUUAGAGCAGCGAAAAGGGUGAUAAGAUAUGUUAAGGGAACACUAAAUUUUGGAAUCAAGUUUUAUGCAAAUCAGAAACACGUGUUGCAGGGGUAUUCUGAUAGUGACUGGGGUGGUUCUUCUGAAGACAUGAAGAGCACUUCUGGUUAUUGUUUUAAUCUUGGUUCAACUGUAUUUUCUUGGUGUUCUAAAAAGCAAAAGAUUGUUGCACAGUCGACAGCUGAAGCUGAAUUUAUUGCAGCAACAGCUGCUGCAAAUCAAGCCUUAUGGCUUUGA